UAUCGUGAAUUACUUCGAUUCGGUAACAAAAUAACAAGAAUGAUCUUGCCGGGGGAGAUUGCGCUUUAGUUGGGCAUUGAAUCGAACGCGAACGCGUGUCGUGAUUGCCAUGACGCCCAUCGGUCGACCAACCGGACCAAGCGCCGAUUUGCGGGUCGGAGUCGACUGAUGCCCGGUUCCAUCGACGUCGCUUAAUUUUAAUUCACAGUGUCAGUGAAAUCGAUGGGAAUACUACGCAAGUGGUAGAUACCGACUAUUUCCUGUACUUAGGGGACUGCUCCUCCGAGUAUUGUAACGCAAAAUGGCAUUGCCGCCGAAUUACAAACAAGUCGCAAUGGCUACAUCGAACAUCGUAGCCUCCAACCAACGUAUAAGAGCGUCUGGUAGCAGUGCAAGCAGUUCGACCAAUAGCAAAGAUACGCAAAGUCCGUUCAUACAGACAGCACAUAGUCACCCUGGAUUUACACCUCAGAAAGUUGGAAAAAAUACUAAUGCUGAUUCUCGCAUGCCUAAGCCACCUAAGCCACCGGAGAAGCCGCUUAUGCCGUACAUGAGGUACAGCAGAAAGGUAUGGGAUCAGGUAAAGGCUCAGAAUCCCGAGUUAAAAUUAUGGGAAAUAGGCAAGAUCAUUGGGCAAAUGUGGAGAGACCUGCCGGAAGAGGACAAGACGGAAUUUAUCGAGGAGUACGAAGCUGAAAAGGUAGAAUAUGAGAAAAGCUUGAAGACUUAUCAUAAUUCACCUGCCUAUUUAGCUUACAUUGCAGCUAAAAAUCGUGGAAAGUCCGCGUUGUGUGCAGCACAACAAAGCAAUGAUGACCGAGAGAGUCAUGAACGGUCGUCAGGCAGCAGUAAAAGUCAAGCAGCUCAGGACAGAAGGAUUGAUAUUUUACCAGCUGAAGAUGACGAUGAUCAAGAUGAUGGAUAUUCCGUAAAGCACGUAGCAUACUCGCGUUACACUAGGAAUCACCGGCUUAUUAAUGAGAUCUUCAGCGACACUGUUGUCCCAGAUGUUCGUUCCGUAGUUACAACUCAGAGAAUGCAGGUUCUACGUCGUCAGGUGCAGUCUUUAACGAUGCAUCAGAAAAAGCUUGAGGCCGAGUUGCAACAAAUUGAGGAGAAGUUUGAAGCAAAGAAACGUAAAUUCAUAGAAACAAGCGAAAUAUUUCAAGAAGAAUUGAAGAAGCAUUGUAAACCAGCAGUGGAUGAAGAAACGUUCAACAAGAUGGUAGAACGCCAAUAUGAAGCUCUUAGACGAGAGAGAUUAAAAGGAACAGAGGAAAAUCGCUCGGAUGGACCAGCGUCUAGUGAAUCUACUCCGAAUUCCACUCCUACUCCAACUCCUGCGCCACUUAACGAUGAGACUCAACAUGAUAUUUCGGACGACACGGUCGAGAAGAAACCUAGCGGUGCUGAUAAAUCCAACGUCGAGAUGAAUAAGAAAAUGUCGCCUCCGUACACCGAGAACAAGACCGAGCCAUCAUUACAAGCGAAUGUCAAUCAGCAACACGUGCCCAACCCUGGAAUGUACUGUAAUGUGGUCAAUCCGGUUCAACAACAUCCUCAUCAGCAACAGACGCAAACGCCGCAGCAACAACAGCCACUGCCGCAACAACAACCGCCGCCACAACAGCAGGCGCCGCCGCCACCGCCGCCACCGCCGCCGCCACCACCACCUCCACCACCACCGCCGCCGCCACCACCGCCACCACCGUCAACUCAACAUCAGUCAUCGCCUCCUCAGCAUCAGACGUCGCCACCUCAACAACCGCAUCAGCUGCCACCCCAAUUGCCGCCCCAGCAGCAGCAGCUGCAGCCGCAGCCGGUACAAUCGCUACAACCGCUACUCGGAACAGCUCCGCAACAUCAGGCAGUACCGCCUCCAUCACCAUCACAACCGCAACCGCAACCGCAACCAACACAGCAGCAACAACAACUACUGCAACCGCAGCAAACAUCCACGCCGGUGUUGCCGCCGCAACAACAACCAACCACGACUGCUGCGCCGGCAGCGGCUGCAACCGUGGUCGCAAACGCAACUUCCGUAAAUCCUGCUCCGCCGAGCAUGCCGCCAGUGUCCACGCCGACCGUCCCGAUCCAGCAUUCGAAUUCCCAUCAGCAAGGAAUCCUGGCGAAUCACUCGAUGCCGCCGCAUCAGGCGACACAAGGCACUCAGGGCACGCAAGUCAUGUCGCCACAGGGACCAGUGGCGAAUCCGCAUGCUCCCCAAAUGAUGCCGCCUAAUCAGGCGUACAACCAACAGUAUCAGUCCGGGCCGGGUCCGCAACAGUCGCAGAACGUUCCCUUGGCCCCGAGGCCACCGCAUCCUACCUACAGCUACUCUCAGCAACAGCCGUACCAUCAACCCUAUCCGCAGUACGCUCAUCCAUACUACCAUCAACCGUACUCGCAGUACUCGCCUCAUCCAAUGGGGCGUCCUCACAAUCAUGGUCCUCACAGUCCGCACUAUCACCCGCAAUCGCCGCACACGGUCACUCCUGAGAGCACCAAUGCCAACACCACUGGUGGCACGGUAGUCACUGCCACCACUGCUUCCGCACCCACACCCGAUAACAAUCCCGCGUCUUACUCAUCCGCGGGACACUGCGAGAGCGAGCGCUCCGGUCCGCCCGAGAGUCAGGACGGCCAGGUGGACGCCAAAUCAGGUUCCGCUUAAGUACCCUUUAUUUUUAUCCUCGCUUUUCCUAUCGAUAUGCUUACGAUUAUUCUCUUACAUUUUAGCGGAUACUGAUGCGUAAUCCUUCAAUUUAUAUAAU